AUGACUGAGAGCCCUGCCCAGAGGAUUCCUCCUCAAAGUGGGACUGAAACGCAGCGAGCCGACUUCAUCCUCACCAAUGCUGUCCAUAUCUUCACUCAAGAUAUCUGCAAAUAUGUGAGCUUGACCAUCAUUAUCCUAACUCAUCCCACCCCACGCGGGCUUGCUGAUACUGGAACAAGCCCAUUAGCUCACGGAAAUCAUCCCGUCCUCCUCGUCGUCUCUCUUCUUUCUCCCUCCUAUAAAUACAACACCGGCCUCUACUCGUCUCUCUGCUCUCUCAUUCAUCCAGCUCACCCACCAAACCAGCCCAUCAUGACCGUCUCCAACGGAAGCAGUGGCGCUCGCCGCCCCCUCCCCGUCGGCAUCUACGCCCCCACCAUGACCUUCUUCGACCCCGAGACGGAAGAUCUCGACAUCCCUACCAUCAAGAAGCACGCCGAGCGCCUGGCCAAGGCUGGUCUUGCCGGUCUGGUCGUCAUGGGUUCCAACGGAGAGGCUGCCCACUGCACACGCGAGGAGAAGCUGGCCGUGACCAAGGCCACCCGUGAGGCUCUUGACGCUGCCGGCUUCCAGAGCACCCCCAUCAUUCUCGGUGCCACCGAGGGCAGUGUCCGCGGCACCAUUGAGCUCUCCAAGGCCGCCCUCGAGGUCGGCGCCGACUACUCCCUCAUCCUUCCCCCCUCCUAUUUCCGCGCCCAAAUGGACGAGCAGGCCAUCUACGACUACUUCAUCGCCGUCGCCGACCAGAGCCCCAUCCCUCUUGUCCUCUACAACUACCCCGGCGCCGUCUCCGGCAUCGACAUGGACAGCGACCUGCUCAUCAAGCUGGCGGAGCACCCCAACAUCGUCGGCACAAAGUUCACCUGCGGCAACACGGGCAAGCUCACCCGCGUAGCCCUCGCCACCAACGCAAAGACCCCUUGGUCAGAAGGCUCCGGCUACAUGGCGUUUGGCGGCAUAUGCGACUUCACGGCCCAGACCCUCGCCAGCGGCGGCAGCGGCAUCAUCGCCGGCGGUGCCAAUGUCAUGCCCAAGGUCUGCGUCAAGGUGUGGAACCUCUACUCGGAGGGCAAGAGGGACGAGGCCAUUGAGCUCCAGAAGAAGCUCAGCCGCGGCGACUGGUUCCUGACAAAGGCUGCCAUCGCGGGCACCAAGGGCGCCAUCCAGAGCUACUACGGCUACGGAGGCUUCCCAAGACGGCCUCUGAGACGUCUGGAGAAGGCCCGUACCCUUUCUAUUGAGGAGGGCAUCAAGGAGGUCAUGGACAUUGAGAACUCCCUCUAA